AUGCCUCCAGAAAAGCCCAGGUUACCGCCCGGCGCCAGUCAGGCGGGGUCCUCUGGUUCCGAGUCUGACACGAGCACGGACGACGACGACACGGACGAUGGCCGUCAAGAGUUGCGAGGCAGGCCUGUCUCUCCGAGUUUUAUCGUGAACGGCAAGAGAUAUAUCGAUAGUGCUGGACUGCCCUCUAAGCGAUCACCGAGUGCUCGUCCUAUACCCCCGCGCCGCGGCUCGAGCCCGAGCAGCGCGGUCAAGCUGCACGGGCGCAGGACAUUCACUCGUUCACGUUCUCCGGCGAUGCUGCCUCCAACUGGCGCUGGUGCGAACGGCCAUACCCUUCCGCAUCGGACGGCGUCACCAUCACUUUUCUCUCGUCCUAAACAUAACUCUGUCAACAUCUCUCAGCUUCGCACACUACUACCCAGCACGUUGUGCAUCAAUAUACGACUUCCAUUUUCUACAACGCAAUGGAGAGCAUCGGUGGACGUCCGUCAAUUACUCGAGAAUUUCCUCCUCAUGGGUUCCCUGGCAUAUGCCUCGGUCAAGAUUGAGAGUCGCGCGGGCGACGCGCUCUCUCCCGACAUGUGGAUAUCAAUAGAACUUGCACUACUCACAAUCGCAUCACUUAUUUAUUAUUUGUUAACUCGGGUCUCAUGGGUAAAAGUAACACCAUCUUCUGGUACUGUAGCUACUUCUCCUCAGGCCGAGCGGCCUGCAUCUCCUCGUCUAACGGACCGUGAGAGCAGGCGCCAAGCAGCCGCUUUAGUUAAUAAUGCAUUCAAGACCGGACCAUUUGGGUUUAUAUGGAUGACCGUGCCGAAAAACUAUCGAGAUUCGGCUGACGAUGGUAUGAUCACUGCGGUGUCGAUUGGGCCGCUUGUUGCGUCUGCACUGUUGUACUUGUCACUACAAGCUGCUUCCACCUCUCCUCCCACAGACCCGCUUCCGCCGAUGUGGCGCAUAGAACCGCCGAAGCUCUUGCACCAUCCCGAGCAUCCUCUCUCCUCCCUAGACGCUCUCAUCCUCUCUCGCCGGAGCGUGGUCAGUCAGGCGACGUUCUGCUCGACUAUCCUUUUUGUCCAUGUGUGCGCGUCGUGGAUGACCGAGGCGCGUCACCGGCGCAAGGUACAAGUGCCUGACGGCGAGGUAAGCUCUGUUCCCCGAAGGGAGAGCCUGAGGACGUAUUUGUAUACCCUCUUUACGUGCUCAGUGACCUUGUGGAUCCUAUGUGUGCGCAUCGCGCUGUCGGAGAUGAAAUUAGGGAUAUGGCAGAAUAUGACUUAUCUCGAGGUCGUCGUAAGCUCGAUGUUCUUCCAGUUUUCUCUGUACGUCUCGCUCCGCGUCGCGCACCACGGGCUCACCCUCGGAGAGCUGGGCCUCAUCUGCUUCGGUGCAACGGUGUUGUUCAUGGAGAUGAUGAAUAUUACCAUCGCCCGAAUAUGGCCGAUCACCACUCCGUUCAUUAAGACGUACCGGCUCCCGACCCCGCUCCUGCUCUUCCAGAUUGCGCUGAUACCCGGAUCGCUCCUCGUGGGCUUCCUCCUCUCUCCGCUCCUCUAUCUCUCCCGCCACAUCGCGCAGCGCCCCGUGCGCCGCCUGCGAUAUCCGGAGCAAAAGCAGCAACACCGCCGGUUGCUCGCGUUGAGUUUCUACCUCGGGACCGUGCUCAUCGUCGGUGGACUGCUAGGCUUGUGGACGCGAUGGUGCCUGGGAAAUCGCGAUCCCUGGCUAUGGGUUCUCUUCUGGGUCCUCGAAGGCAGAAAGAAGUGGAGUCGGCCCGCGUUGCUGGCGUACUGGGCGGCGUUGGUGAGUGUUAGUGUCGCUGGAUGGAACAGGCAACUGGCGCGGUCGCGACGGUAUCGGCCCCGGAACGUCAUGAGCAGCACGGGGGAAUUUCUACUCGCACACCAUAGUUCGCUGGAUACUGGACGCGGGGCGAGCAACGCGGGGGAGCUCAGCGAUCUGAGCGCCCCGCCGACGCCGACGGUGGAGUCGGCUGGGCCACUGGGGCUGAGCUUCCCGAACCUGCCCAAUGGGGCGAACAUGUCGAACUUCGGGACAGACCUGAUGGACGCGGCGGACAAGCACGUGCCGCUGCUGAAGCUGAACGCGCGGCGCAAGUUCUUUCACGCGCUCGCGGUAGUGAUGUUUCUGCCCGGGGUGGCGGUCGACCCGGCCUUCAUGCACUUGUCGUUCAGCGCGGCGUUCGCGCUGUUCGUGUUCGCGGAGUACGUGCGCUACUAUGCGCUGUACCCGUUCGGCGCAUCGGUGCACCUGUUCAUGAACGAGUUCCUGGACCAGAAGGACAGCGGUACGGCGAUCCUGAGCCACUUUUACCUGCUGGUCGGGUGUGCGAGCUCGGUGUGGUUCGAGGGACGAUCGCAGUUACUCCAAUAUACCGGGAUCCUGGUAUUGGGCGUGGGGGACGCAUUGGCUUCCAUCGUAGGCAAACGACUCGGUCUGCAUCGCUGGCUGGCGACAUGCCCGAAGACGGUGGAAGGGAGCGCUGCGUUCGCGGCGUCGAUAGUCGCGUGUGCGUGGCUUCUGCGGGUAUGUGGGUACACGGAGAACUUUUCGGUACUGCGGUACGCGGUGGUGACGAUCUUGUCAGGCGCGCUGGAAGCGUUCUCGAUGCAGAACGACAAUGUCGUGCUACCGGUGUAUAUGUGGGCGAUGCUUGUAUUCGGGGAUGUGUAG